AUGGAUGUAAAUCUCGGGUUGGGGGUUAUCGUAGACGCUAACCACUUGAAGGAGACGCUUCUCGCCACUGGAGGGUAUCCUACGCAGCCGCUGUGUCUUCUGUUGUUUGGAGGAAUUUCGGGUUCUCGAGUUGAUUUACAGAGAAGCUUGGAGCUUCCCCUGAUACGCAGUGAAAAAGAGGACAGGCUUGUGUUCAGCGAAACGGCGCUACGAGAUCGAGUUCACCUUGUGGAGUCGGUAGAGCCGGAAUUGCGGCUCCUGGGGGUACUGUUCAUCACCAAUGACUUGGGGGACGUCGAGGCCAUAAUUGAUGAGCUGCGGCGGUUGGCAAAGGGGCUUCAAUAUUUCUUCACAUACGACACUUGUGGGACAAGGCUAACAUUGAAAUGCUAUCGAAGUCGGGGUCAGGCCCGCAUGGAAGAGGUACCGUUCCAGCUGUCAAGCAGCGACAGCGUGCUCGCGGCUGUGGAGGCACUGAGCCCGAAUGUGGGGAAGCAGUACGACCAGGACGAGUUUGAGGAGCAGACUUCAUUCAACAGGAAGCUGCUUGAAAGGGUAGAGGCGAUGAUAGAAUACAUGGAAGGCGGGCGCGUCUCGGAUCAGGCACUGCGAGAGAUGUUUCUACUCACGUCGCUUCUGAAAAAAGGCUCCACCCAAGACAUCGAAGAGGCCUUGCUUCACAAAGAAGUUGAGCUUCAAUCUCUGGACGUGAUAUGUAGCCAGUGGGAGACUGCGCAGUCCAUCCGAGGAUUCAUUAAAUAG